CCCACAUAACGGCUUGAUUUCUGUCAACAAAAACAAAACGUCUUUAAGGGUAAACAGGAUAGUGUAGCGAGUUUUGGUGACAAUAAAAACAGACAGAAGGAUGAAACUAUUGCUCACCGUGUUAAAAAGAAUCCACAAACCGGAUGUUUACCGCCGUCACCGCCGCUGUCUGAGCUCCUUCGCCCGCGGCGGCCUGUCACCUCUCACACGUGAGGGCCUCAUCGUCGGGUCAAGUCGCGAGCUCGUUCAGAGAUUUGCCGCACAGGUGGAGGUGAGGGCGGCCUUCAUCAGCGAGGAGGAGGAGGGGGCGUUUCUGCGCGAGCUGGAGUCAGGCUUGAAGAGGAAACGUUACGAGUUUGACCACUGGGACGAUGCCAUUCACGGGUACCGAGAGACUGAGCGUGUCAGCUGGGGGCCAGAGUGCGAGGAGGUCUUGAAUCGUGUCCGAUCUGUGGCGUUUCCUGAGGGUAGCCCACUCCUCGGGCCUGUGCACGUUCUAGAUCUGGACAGGACUGGCUACAUCAAGCCUCACAUUGACAGUGUCAAGUUCUGUGGUAGCACCAUUGCUGGGUUGAGUCUCCUGUCAGACAGUAUCAUGCGCUUGGUGAAUGAGGACGUCCCCAGCGAAUGGCUGGACCUGCUGCUGCCCCGACUCUCCCUCUACAUUCUGAGGGAUGAGGCCAGAUAUAACUUCACUCACGAGAUCCUGAAAGACGAGGAGUCUGUGUUCAAUGGACAGAGAGUGCCUCGGCUGCGUCGAAUCUCCGUCAUCUGCCGGAAUCUUCCAGACUAACAGCCAGUUCCACUUAGCUUGGAUAUGAAAAGAACAGAACCUGAAUUUGGAACGAGAGAGUUUCAGUGAUCUCCAUUAAGAUAUUAAAGCUGGAUUGUGGAACUUUUGUGUCACCCCUCUGGCAGAGAGAGUAAUUACACAGGCGCCGUCGAUGCGUGCUUGUGCCAGAAGGUGAGCUCACCGCAUCUCCCUUCUUGUCUUUAAGUCUUUUUUGGACUUUAAUUCUUCCUUUCAAUGUUUCUUUUUGAUUUGGAGCAUCUAUUUCAGAUACUUUUCUUGGACGCUCCUUAGGAUUUUUCACCUCGUUCCUAGCUGAGCUUAGGAAAUGGCUUGCUGUCAUUCUGAAAACAGGUUGGAGAUGCACAAAGUUUUGCAAAAAUAAAGUUAAAGCUUAGUCUGUUUGGCCAUACACUGAGUAGGUUAGGACAUCGUCACUGGGGAAAACUGAAACAAUUUGAUAUUAGCGUUUGGCACAGCCUUGAAUGUGACUGUAAGUCCCGCAGUCCAGCUUUAAAGCAUAUAUCCUCAAAGGUACACUAUGCAGGAUUGUCAGUUACCGUUUGUAAACACGGUCGCCAGCAAAAGUAAAAGCCGACCCCAGAUA